CUGCAUAAUCGAACACUGGUGAAAGGACAUACGGUUGGAACAUGCACACCGAGAUUUGGGUUAGUUUAUUUUUUGAGGGGGGGGUUUGAAAUGAGAGUCAAGUGAAAUGAGAGUCAAAAAGUGAUCUUCAAGUCUAGUUAAAGUCAGUUUGGCAAUUAUUUUGAUUUUCUUCAAAGCUCAGUGUCAAAAAUAGCUCAAUAUGAAAGGAGCCAGUAAUAAAUUUCGAAAGUUAAUAAAAUCUGAGAAAAUCUUGUAUUUUAAAAAUUUCAAAUUGCCUCCACGUUCAGCGGAUUGGUGUGUGCAAACACUUUUGCAUACAGUAAGAUUUGAACUUUCCUUUCGAUCUCUUGUUCGGCUCAAUUUUGAGCCAGAAGCUUCUUGGGUGGUCCCGCCUUCAAAAAACAAUUUUCACGUGAAAUUUAAAUUACUUUAUCACGUGAUCUAAUUAAAAAAAUUCGACGUGUUCACAUUUCCUCCCACAUUUUUUCGUCAUUUCAAAAAAUUCUUGGACUUUGAAAAUGGCAGAUGAAAUAAUUUUCCGAGGUGAGUAGAAGGGUACUGUAGUUUUAGUUCACAUCCCUCUUCAAAAAUAAGUUAACUGAAAUCGAAAGAUAAUUUUUCCACUUGGCCUAUUCUCAUUUUCUAUUUUGAUGAUAAUUUUUGCUUCAGAGAACAUGAGUUUUGAUUUUGUGUUAGCCACUCGUUUCUCACGACAUUUUCUCAUUGAGAGAGAAAAAUUUAAUUUCGUUUUUUUCUCCCAAUAAAUCUUAUUUUUCCAAAUUCCUCAUUUCUGAAGUACAAUCGUCUUGGAUUUCAAAUAAACACAUAAAUGUUUUGUUCUCUCGUCAUUUCGUCUCGAAAUCAAAGCUUUUUUGCACCUAGAAUUUUCUAGACACAUGUGAAUCAUCAAAAAUCAUUUUUGAAAUUAAAAAUUCAUGAAUUUUUCAAUUUGAAAUUGAAAUUGAAAUUGUCAUAGUGACGAAAAAAUCUUGUAACAUAAACAGGUGCUUUCUAAUGCACUUCAAGUCGUUUUUCUCAUUAUUUUUCAUCUGAAAUAUUUUAGCUUUACGUUUUUCCUGUUCAAUUUUUGGUCGGAAAAUCUAUGAUUACACAUCUAAACAUUAAUUUACAAAUAUUUUCUAGCUCGAUUUUCCCAAGAUAUUUUUUUGACAGAAUGAAUGAUUAGAGACGCAGACAAUUUCAGAUUUUUUUUGCUUCUGAAAAAGUCUCUGGAAUUGUUUUUUCUCAUCACGCAAUGCACCAAAAAGUGUCAUAUUUCCCAUUUUUUGAAUAUUAUUUCUUCUUUAGUCGUUUCCUUGUUUUUUUCUCGAACAUUUCAUCAUAAAUAGAUAUUUAUGUUAGAUGUGGAAAUCAUUUGGUUCAUCGCAAGAUUCAGUCGAUGAAUAUAUUCGACCUUUACCAAGUUCAGCUACAAAAAUUCGAAGAUCACCUCGAAUGCCAAAAUAUUCUGAUACUGUUUUAUAUAGUAAUUACUGUAGAAAAACGUAAGUUUGUUGAAGAGUCUAGAAUUGUAUUCCUUGUUAUUUAGUUAGUCCUUCUUUUGCCAAACUUCAUUAAUCAUUUAUUCUGAAAAGUGCUGAAAAUAGACACCGUUUUUUUUGCGCCGCGAAAAAAAAAUCAAAUUUCCGUUAUGUUGCAUUUUUGUCCUAACCAAAUUACUAAUUUCCGGUCUUUUCUGACACAUAAAAUUGGAUUAGAAUAGGUAAAAUAGAUUAUUCCGGCUUGAUUCUAUUCAUUUUUCUUUCACACGUCUAGUCUAAAUGGUGUUUUUUAUCAAACAUCGAAGUGCUGAUCGAUCUUUUCGAAUCAAGAGACAAAAGUUUAGAUUCAGGUAUGUUUUAGAACUGAACUCUUGGCAGCUGAUUCACCAAAACUCAAGGGAUCGGGGAAAAUUUUGAACUAGUUCGAGAAAAAAAAUGUUUCAGAUCUACAUCAAUUCCUGCUCCUUUGGAUCGACGACAGGGUCGAAGUUGUGAAUUCAACACAUCGGAAGAUGAUCGAGACAGACAUGAUCGGUUCAAUAAUCCGAUUGCUCAGGUUAGUUCAAGAAUUUUUUGGGAAGGGUGGGAAAUGUGUAAAAAAAAACUUGGAUAAGGGUUUUUUUAGAAUUUAGCCUGUGUCUUGAAAAAUUUUCUAAUUCAAAAACUUUUCCCGCGCUUGAUUUAAAAACGGUAGAUCAAAUUGUUUUCGAAUUUCAUUUUUUGGAAUGUCUGCAUCUCUAUCUCUCUCUCUCUCUCUCUCUCUCUCUCUUUCUCUCUCUCUCUCGAUCUCUCGAUCUGUUAAAGGCCGUGAUCCAAAACUAUAUAUUUUUAUUUGAAUUUUAAAAAUAGACGUAGACCCCUUUCCGAUCAAGCUAGACACAAAAAUUUUGAAUACUCACAAUCAUAUUUGUUUUUGACUUGAUUAGUUCCCAGUUCUCAGAUUUCAGAAAAAAAACACAAAUUUUCUCACAACUCGACCUUUUUCCUUAGCUUCUCAUAUUUUCCUAUGCAGACUUUCAUUUCCGGUAAUUUUGACGAAUUUUAUUUUUUAUUAUUCUUUCUUGGCGCCUCCGCCGAAAAAAUUGCGCGCGAAAACGAAAUAACAUUUAUUUUAUUUUCUUGUCUUCGCACAUCCGAACAACUCAACUUCAUGCAUUUUUAGUCUUUCUGAAAAAAAAGAUCAAAUCACUUGAUAUAUUUUUUGAGAGAAAAUUAUUUUGUAUUUCGAAUAUUGUAGCAUGAUUUUGUAUGAUUCCCAUUCCUACAAAAUUUAUUAGUCAGAUUUUUUUCUUGCUAGCAGCUGAAAAAAAGUCGAAAACAAAGAUCCGACAUAAAAAAUGCAGAAAAAUCGGAAUUUUAUCGACAUUUUUCAUUCAUUCUCGAAAAUCUUCUCAUUUUUCAAAUAUAAACGUUUUUUUUUCAUUCAUUCUUUAUUUCUUCGUAUCUAUGCAAAUACUUAUAUAUUUUUCCACUGUUUCAUUUUCGGCUUUUUUUUGACACAUCAUCUGCCAUUUUAAAAUAUUCCUCUUCUCAGAUUUUUUCCGCAUUUUUUGUGUGUCCAUUAAUUUUUCAUACUCGCCAGUUUUUGGCUGAAUGAUUCUUUUGAAUGAAAAACAAUAAACUUUUCAUUAUUAUUAUUAUACAUAAUUUCAAGAAUUUUGACAGAAAAUAAAAUUUGAUUUUUAGCCAAAAAAAAUUUCGUAAAUAUCUCGUUUCCACCUCACUUAUUUGUCUAGUUUGCUCAUAAAUAAAUAUAUUUAUUUACAACUGAAAGUUCAAAAACCAUUUUAAGAAUUGGAAACGUCCUUAAAUAGACCCAAUUAGAUGUAAAGCAAUUUGAGCCUAAGCAUGCUUCAUUUUCUCUUUAUUUUUCUCGAUUUUCUCUUUUCUCUGCUUCCCGAAAAAAACUUUAAUUUCACCAUUUAUUACUAGUUUUAUUGAUUCUCUUUUUGUUGUCUUUUUUCUAAAGUCCAUCGUUUUACUUGCUUUUUUUUCGCCAAAUGUCGGUUCCUUUAAAUCGUCGAAGAACUGAACCGAAACGUCGGAAUUAUCAAUCUUCAUCGAUUCUUCCAACAUCAACAAGAUCCAGAGAUCGAGCACUUUCUAUGUUUUCGGUAAAUUUUCCAGCAAAAAAAAAAGUUUCGCUCCCGGGUGGGCUCGAACCACCAACCUUUCGGUUAACAGCCGAACGCGCUGCCUAUUGCGCCACGGAAGCACAUGGAAGCAUCCCUCUCAAAUAUCAAUAAAAAUAUCUGUGUGAAUCUAGUUUUCUCUAGUCUUGAUGGUCAAAAAAAGUCCAAAAAUAUGUGUGUGGGGUCAAUUUUUCUGAUACAUUUUUUUCCUAAUGUGCUAUUUUUGCAGGUCUCCUCUGACAUUCUACGAGUUUCUGGCUAUACACAACAAUUCCGAAGUUUGUUAACAGCUCGAUUUCCACCAAGACGCGAAUCAACACCGAAUGUCAACAUUGAAUCAGGCGAUGAAAAUCAAAAAUUGACUGGAGAUAUCGGUUAGUUAAUUUACUUGGGGGGAACGGGGGAAAAAACUCGAGUCACAUUUGAAAAAGAAAAAAACACCUGGAAACAUGAGAAGGCGGGAAAAAAAGAUUGAGUGUUCAUAAAUCAGACAUCGAAUAUUCGAUGAUGAGGAAAAGGUAAAUGUGAAACUGGGUGGAUUACUGUAGGUUCUUUGGAAAAAAUAUCGUCACAAUGUGGCGCAGAAUGUCUGCAAACACAGCUCAGCAGUUGCAGAUGUAGCUAAAUCAUAUUUUGAGGGUUUUCGUAGCUGAACCGUAGAAAGAACUUGCAUCUCCAGCUAAAUCGAAGCAAAAAUUUAGCUCAGUGUUUCUGGCCGAUUUCUCAGCUAAAACACACAUACGUUUUAGCUACGGUUUUUUGGCGCGCAAACAUGUUUUCUUCGUUUUGUUUUGUUUUUCGACGAUUUUCGUGACUUAAAGCCUAGAAAAGUGCUGGUAACAUAUUAUAUCGUCUACGCGUAAGUGUUUUAUCGAUGGAGAACGAGUAAGUUCAUCUAAAAGUUACGUUUUACGUUGAAUCUUUGCAGAAAAACAGUCAGUUUGUUGCGUUUCUCGAAAAAGUGGAAAGUGAUGGUGAAAUAUUCAAUAAAUGAGGUAAUUCCAACAAAUUUUUCAAUAUUCCACAAUGUUUCUCAAUUUACAGAUGCCAAUAACAAGAAAAAAGCCGGAUGUCAUGGAUCUCAACCAAUUUGGCUUCUAAUAGGUUUUUGGGAAGUUAAACCGCCAAAUGGAGUCGCAAAAUGCACAAACACCAUAUCGUCAUGUUUUGCAAGCCUACCCUAUUGGGAAAUUUUAGUUGCUACUUUUCUAUCCAAUAUUCGGCCGGUCCAGGAUCCAGAAGCUAUCAAACAACUGCGAGAAAAUUAAGUGUUUCUGGUGAAUAACUGACUAUAAUUUCAUAUUCUUAUGUUAUUGUAUGUUUCAAUACGAAUAAAUGUUUUAUAUUUGCAAGUUUUCUAACUACGCCAAAUACAGAAAGAAACCCACAUAAGCAGUAUUUCGCAAUAAACAGGAAAACAGUUUUCGUAGCUAAAACAUGCGUGUGUGUUUCGUAGCUAAAACAGACUUCGGUGUGUGUUUGUAGCUAAACCGCACACUGUUCGUAAAUAAAACGCAAGUGUCAAGGGCUGCGAUCGGUUGAGCUAUGAAUUAGCUACAUCUGCAACUGCUGAGAGGGAAAUAUGGUUGUGCAGUAGAGCGCAUUUUCUUGUUUUGUCUGGUGUUUUUUUAAGUCGUGUGUGUUUUUGAGGAAACACUAGGGUUACUACCCCAAAUUGCUAGACCUCAAAACUUUUGGGGUAGAUCAAAAAUAUUUUUUUCUAAAUCUCUUAUUUUCGUGUUGACUUUAGCCUCACCCUAAAAUCGUGUUAGGUCUCAAAAAAUUCGGGAAAUUUUUCGGUUAGUAAAAAACCGGUUAAUAAAUUUUUGUAAAAUCGCAUUUUUGUGAAAAUAUACAUGUACAGUAUGUUCUCGAAUUAAUAUUUCCAGUGUUUUUAUAUUGAUCCUAUUUGCCAGGAAUCCCCAAAAAAAUCUGAAAUCCUCUGGAUAAUCCACAUAUUUUUCUCGUUCUAUCUUUUUUAUCGCGUUUUUUUUGUUCAUCCAUAAAAAAUAGGAUCAAAAAAUGAAUCACAGUUUUUUCAUUUCGAAAAAUGUGACACUUUUUGACGUGGAAUUUGGGAAUUUGACUAGGGAAUUGUAUUCGGGUAGACACAACAAAUCAAAUAAGAAAAAUUGAGAAAAACAAUAUUUUUUUUGCUGUUCUCAAAAUGGCCUAUCAAUGUUCGGUUCACCCAAAAAUACAUAUUUUCGUCGUUUUUUUUCGAAAAAAAUUACACAACAUUUUUUUUUUUGAAACUUUUUUCUCAUCAUCAUUCAUAAUGAAAUAUCAAUAAUAAUAUUCUGCUCUUUUUCUCAUUGCUGAUAUAAGUUUUUUUUUCCAUGUCUUCUCACUCAUAAGAUUAGGCAGCAGCAGAGGUUUUGGUGCGCGAGAAAAGUGGGCGGAGUCUCGUCAGGAUCCUCUCUCGCUUCUACUGCUGAUAUUUGAGAAGAAAAAGAAGAAGAAGAAGAACACCCCGGCGGCAGAUCGACAUAAUAUUUCCGUGACUACUUCAAAGUGUUUUAUUCUCACCUCUUACCUUUUUUGAAAAACACUGCCGCCUGAUAUUUUUUGUCAAGGUAUGUAUGUCAUCUUGUGUUUUUUUUCCGAAAAGUUUUCCAUUUUUUCCAAAGUCAGACUCUAAACGAAUUAGAGCAACACAAUUCUUUUUUCGAUUUUUUCUCUAUAAAAAAAAAAGAAAAAGCAACCACAGUAACCCGGAAAAAUUAAUCUUGCAUGUUAUGAAAAAGUGCAAUUGAAAUAUAUUAUUUUUCCGGGUUUCAGGUUGGUUGCUCAUUUCUUUUUCUUUCUUUUUCCUUCUCUCAUUGAUCCGAUUUCAAUUCAAUUCUUCUCCAGAAAAAUGCGAUGAUCUAAAAAAUGAAGUCAUCAUCACAAAAACGAUGAGUGAGAAGCGUAAACGAUAUCGUAAUGAGAUAUCAUCGUCAGUUCCGAUGUCUUCUUCUGCAAUUCGUCGGAAAAUAUCCGAAGGUCUACCGCCAAUUGGAUGCCCGCCAACAAUUCGUAGAUCAACUAUAACAAUGAAUGGAGGAUCUGCGUCGAAUUCGGCUGCAAUUAUGGCUGUUCAACAUUUUGAUUCGAGGCGAUUCAGUGCGAUGGAUAAUAAUUUGUUUAAGGGUAGAAGGAGAAGUUCGAAGAUGUUGGCUGAUCCAAAACAACUUGUUCAUAUUUUUACGAAUCCUUGUGAGUUUGGAGGUUAUCCAGUCUGAAAAAUCUGAUUUUCAGAAUUAGAUUAGGGUGAUCAAAUGUUAAAGGGUUGUGUGUCUGAAAACACGCUCACACAAAUAAUGUGCAUUAGAGCGCACUUUCUUGUUUUGUUUUUGAAGUUGAGUUGAUACUGCACCUGUCGGCCCUUUUUCUUCUUGAGAAUGAUUGAAACAAUCAUUCCAAAUGUUUCUGAUUUUUAACCACAAAGGACAAUUAAAUAUUUUUCUUCGAAUAGGAAAAAACUCAUAACAAACCAUUAAUUUUGCUAAUUUCAUCUAAGAUUUCUUUUUCUUCAUCUUCUCCUGUUUUUAUUAAAAAUUUCUUACCAAAGAAUAUUUUUGUUGUUUUUUUUUUUGGAAGAAGCUUUGUAUGAUGUGAUGGGUCGAAGGGGUGAAAUAUGAGCGGGUUUACGACGAAAAAAUAACAAAAAAAAAGAACUGAAAAAGGGAAGUUUUUUGGUAAUAGAAAAAUAGAAUAAAAAGGGUCGAAGAACUGUUAGGGAAGUGCUUUCGAGUUUUUUUGGAAGUAAAUUAUUCAUAGUUUUUGUCGGUUUUUUUAAUCUGUGUGUUCGUGUGAAAAACUUGAAAAAACUAGGAAACAAAAAGAAGACUUCUUGCAAAAGUAAAAAAGGUUGAAGUUCAGAUUUUGUUUUCCAAAAAUUUGGUCUUUUUAAAGACAUAAAUUGCGUCUUUGGUUUUAUCUUCCGGUCUGAUCUUCUUUUUUUUAUUCGUCCAAACUCGAAUAAAAUGUUUUGAUCUGAAACAGAUGUUUCGAAAUCAAAUUGUUGUGAUUUAUGAUUGCAAAAAGUAAACCUCAAUUUGUAGGAAAUCUAAUACUUUGUUGAUAUUUUGAUGAAUGCCGAUUGUCUUGUUGGUAGGUAAGUGCAAAAUUUGAAAAAUAAUCCCUUCUUGCUUUGUGCAAAAUAUUGUGACGCGAACAGAAAAAUGUGUGACGUGACAUUUUAUGAAUAAUAGAAUAGAAUGGAGGUGAAUUGAAUUGAAACAAUUUUCAAUUUCCGAGCUUUUUCCAAUUUCCUUUGAUUCAGAAAUAUAUUAUUUGUUUUUAUAUCGUAGGUUGAAAAUAAUCUAGAUCUUUUCACGUUUUUAUUGAGAAUGUGUUUUGUUUGAGGAUUAAACAAAUUCUGAAUUUUUCCCUAAUGUAAAAUCUACAAAACUUAAUCUUUAGUGAUUUCAAAAUUAGAGAUCUUCCAAAUAAAUUUAUGCAAAAUUUCAAGACUUAUGACUCAAUUAAAUUUACUCAAAAUGCAAAUUCGUGCAAAAAAAGUGUGACAGUUUCAAUGCAUUUCAAAUGUCUUUUUUAUCUCCAUUGAACACAAUUUUUCUUGGUUCGAAUAAUUAAAAACUGCUGCCCUUCUUCAUUUUCUUCUUCUCUCCCUUUUUUUCAUUUUCAUCAAGAGUCAUAGUCAUUCAAAAAUAAAUACCAGAUCAACUCUGAAUCAGGCUCCGCCUACUUUUCAGCUCAGCUCAGCCCAUUCUCUAUUUCUUUAGUUUUCCUCUUAGUUUUUUUUCUGUCGGGCGCCAAAAAAGAGCCAGUCGCCUGAGCUUUAUUUUUGUUAUUAAUGAAACUCUAUUUUCCGCGCGUUUUGUCAUGACAACAAUUUUACAUAGCGCCACUUAUGUUUUUUUGAUUGAUUUUAAUGUGAAAAAUGAAAUUUAGAUUUGAGAAUGAGGCGUGAAUUUUGAUUUAAUUUUUGCUGAAAAUAAACUAGACUAUAUUUUGAGAACUUGGAAAAAAAUAAUUUCGGGUCACAUUUUUAAUCAGACUUAAAUUAUGAUUAGGAUUCUUAUGACAAUAUUUUUUAACAAUUCGUUUUUUAAAAAUUAAAUUUUCAAAAUUGUAGAAGGAAAUGCAGAAGUUGUAUCGAAUAAUUUCGGGAAUAUGUAGAGAAGCAAAAAUUUUGGGUGAGUUUAUUAUUUUCAGAAAAAAAUGUUAUUCUUUCUGUUGGCCGAAAAUUAGGUUGAUUAGUAAUAAUAUUUUCUCUCUCUCUCAUUUUGCGCACUGAAAAAAAAACAUUGAUAUUUUCCCACUAUUUGUUAUGACCCUUCUCUCGUUCGCGGAUCACAAAAGAAAACAAGGAGAAAUUCUAGAUUUAUGGGAAAAUGGGUUGAUAUUUUCUUGUCUUGUCUCUUUUUUUUUCUUUGUGUUGUGUAGUGAUGUUCGAAUCGUCGGGAAGUUGUUUGAAAAAGUGACAAACUGCCGCGAUUCGCAAUAUUCCCAAGGGAACAUUUUCAGUUUUAUAGUUAUUUCAACAAAAAAAAAGUUUGGGAGGAGAUCAAAGAUUUGGAAUUAGGAAGGAGGAGAUGGUGAAAUAUGAUACACUCUCAAAAAUUAUUUCAUGAGAAAAAUUAUUAUUUUUUUCAAGAAAGAAAAAAAAUAAUUUAUUUUGAGCUGAACCGGAAAACGGGGAGAGAUGAUCUAAAUAAUUUGCUUUUUUGAUUUCACAAUGCGAAAAAAACUAUAAAAUGAUGAUAUCAUUUGAGCUAUGAAUCAAGUCAAAAUUGAUCUGUUUACAAUAAAUCAUGUGAGGAUUUGAGAGCGGAUUAAUAUGACGAUUCAAUUCUUUUAUCCUGAUUCUAAAUGGGAUAAAAAGACUGGAGGAUCUACAGUAACUGGCUUAAAAUAUGUGUUUUUUAGAUGAUCGAUUUGCAAAUGGAAGUGUUCGAUUUGAUAAUGAAAUAAUUGAAGAAUCAGGUUCGGGUGGGCAAUUAAUGACUGGAAAUGGAGGAGGAGGAGGAGGACAAAUACCAGGAAAACCUGGAAUCAGAAGAAGGCAAAGUGGAUAUGGAAUUGCUAUUUCUAGGUUAGUUUAAUCGUGGGAGGUCUUGAGAUUGAUAAGGUAGGGUAAUUAGACACAAAACUUAUAAGUUAGAGUAACUUAUACCAAAAAUUGAAAUAUUGUUAGAACCAUUUUUCUAGGUUUAAAAAUUUUUCGUAAAAGAGAUACUGAAAACUUAUCUGAGAAUGUGCUAUGACGUGGCAAACGUGUGGGUUCCUGUGAAAAACACAGAGAAAAUUGUUUUGAAAUUAUGUUGGAACCAAAUUUGAUUCAACUUUGCCACGUCAUAAAUAAUUUCAGAAAAUUUAACUAUAAUUUCAUGUUUCAACUCUCGACGAGUUUCAUAAUUUCAAGAAAAAUAGACGCUUCAAUCACUUUUUUUAGGUACCUUUCAAUUAAAAAUAAGCUUCAUCAUUUUCCAAUAUCAGGUUUUUCGCUAACUUGGAUUUUUCACUGCAAAAGUUCUUCUCAAACUUUAGAAACCUGCAUUUUUUCUCCAUGUUAGAAAAAAAAACAAGAUAGAAAAAACUGAAAUAAAAGAUUUUGCAAUUAAAUUAAAUUAAAAGAGCCAAGACAUGCUGCUUUUUCGUAUAAUGCCCUUUUCGUUUUUUAUUUAUUUUCGGCUUCUUACACACACACACAUUUUGAUCAUUGAGUUGAAUUUUUUUGAUUUUUUAUGUUGUUUUUGACAAUUAAGAAUUUCCAAGUGAACAAAAAAAUGUGGAAAGUUCCCAUGAUUUAUUUUUUUUCAACUCAAGAUUUCGUGACAAACUUCAAUCAUUAGAAAAGUAAUAGUUUUAUUUUCCCCCUAUUUUUUCUGAAACUCUUUCUUUUUCCCUUUUUUCGUGUUCUGUUCUUUUCUAGAAAAAUUCAAUGAGCUGUAAAUUUUAAAUCUGCAAUUAUCCGUUGAAAAAAGGCUCCAUGAAUUCCAAAUUUUUCUGACAUUUUUCAAUUCGCCAAAAAAGAAAUAUGACAAUACUGGAAUUUUCUGUCGGGUGAUGUUUGAUUAUUUUGUUGGUGAUUCUUAUUGUUCGAACAUUUAGAUGAAAUGAGGAAAUUAAUUGUGAGAGGAAAUUUUUUUGAUUGAAGUUUUAUUUUUGAAAAAAUUGCUUUUUGAUUUGGGAGAUUUGAAAAAUAAGUUUUUAGUUAUUGAAAAAUUAAAAAUUUAUUUGAACCAAUUUUCUAAAGUUUCAGAAUUUAUCAAAAAAUUAGUUUGAUUUACUACUCAAAGUUUUCCCCGAAUUUUCCUGAAAGUCAACGCAAAAGUAAGAGAUUUAGAGAAAAAUAUUUUUGAUCUUCCCCUGAAAAGUUUUGAAUUUGAGGUCUAGGGAUUUUGGAGAAAUAAAUUACACAUUGUGGGCUCUGUUCACGAACUUUUAGGCCCCGAUUGGCCUUUUUUGUGGCCCAGUUUCCUUAUGAAAUCAGUUAAAUCUGAAGUAUAUCCAAAAAAUCAAUUCUCUUUCUUUUUUCCCAGCUUCGACGAAAAAAAAGCAUAUAGUUUUUUUUUGUUAUUUUCUCUUCUAUACAACUACAUUUUACCUUCCUUAAGAAUACAAAAAAAAAUAAGAAAAAAUAAUAAUUUCUCAAACUCCGCCCCUAUUUUUCGCUCACAUUCUGGGCUCAGCAACGCGCCUAAACAACCUGUCUUUUAUUAAAAUAUCUAACUGAUCAAGAUGGCGACUACCGUAGUAUUUCGAACGUUGAUCUACCGUAUUCCGACAAUUGUCAUGCCUUUGUGGUUUUUAAGACAAGAACUGCAAAAUAUACUGUAGGUUUAAUCCCCUGAAAAAGUUAUUUUUGAUUCUUGAUUUUCGUCACAGAAAUGUGUAAAUUUUUGCUGUUGGAAAACUAGUUAUAUAAUUUUGAGAUGUUUGAAGUCUGUGAAAUCUUGAGAUUUUUUAAAACUAUAAAAAAAUCAAUCGUAAUGAAAACCUAGAAAAAGUAGGUAACCUGGCAACCAAGAUUAGUUUUUUUCAGUAAAGUUCAAGCAGGUGUUUAAUGGGUUAUCCGCGGAGAAGUUAUGAGAUAGUAGAGUAGUAAUAAUGUGAUUUGAUAACUAACAAACUACAUAUAGAAUAAAUAGAAAAUGGAAUUAAUUAUCAAGAGCAAAAAAAAAUCGGGUCGAUUCGAAAUGGGGGCGGAGAGUUGCGGAAAACAUUGAAAUCCAUCAAAAAUGUUCGUUUUUCCCAAAGUAAUUCAAUUUCGCUCGUUUUCCCGAACACUUUAUCCUUUUUCACGAAACAAGACUUCAUUUUUUUCUGCUUCUCACAAAUUCAACUUCACACAUUAUUUUAUUUUUCUCGCCUUUCUUGAAUUUGAACAAAAAGAUUUGCUUUUUUUUGAAAAUAAAAAAACAAAGAGCAGAUUAAAAUGAACUGCAGAUUAUCAUGUUGUCAAUCUGAAAAAAUAAGAUCUUGGAAAGAAAACCGAGAUGGCCGAGAAAACCAAGACUACAGUAGACUUUGCAAAAUUUUGGGCUGUUUACCACGUCAUUUUUAGUCUACUGUACGUGGGCGUCAGGAUUGACAAUAAUAAAAUGGAAAAAACAACCUACAGUAGUCCGAUAUUUUGUACCUUCUUCUUUUUUCUUUUUUUUUGAUACCUUUCAGUCUCAUUUUUACAGUAGUUUAUGAUCUACGACGAUUAUGUUGAUUCAAAAUGGUGGUAAGAUACUAUGAAAAUGAAUCAUCAGAUUUGUAUUUGAUGAAAACCAAGAUAUAAAAAAAAAACAGAAUCAAAAAGAAAAAAAAUGAGAAAUGAGGGCGGAGCCUAUUUAUUUUUACUGACUGACUGACUUUGCCUUGUGAGAAUUGAGAAAACUAAAUAAUUAGAUAUUUGAGCGCGCCAGUUUUUUACUAUUAUUAUAAAUAUUUCUAUCGCGCAUUUUUGAAAACAUGAAAAUCUUGACACGAAAAACCAUAGUUGAUACGAUUUUCUUCUUUUUUGAGUGAGUUUUUUCCCCAGUAAUAAAAAAUAAGACAUUUUUUAAACUGAAAUUGAUCUAACAAAUAUGGGUUUUCAGCGACAGCACGGCAAAAAUGCGAUGUCGACUCAGAAAACAAUUGUUCAUCCGUAGAAAUAAAGUGAGUUUUGGGGGAUGAUAUUUUCGGGAAUCUUAUAAGAGUUGUUUAUUGGUAUCCUGGCAACACAAGUUCAAAAAAAGUACUUUUUCACCUGCAAACCGAUUUGAUUUGUUUGCGUCAGUAAAUUCAAUCAACUUUUGAAGACAAAAUCGAUUGUUUCAGGUUUGCGAUGUUUCACUGAUUCUCGCUUUGGUUGGAUUAUUCUUAAUCAUCAUUGAUUCGGAAUUCACUGCAUUGGCUGCAAAAAGUGAAGGUACAGAGGAUAUUAUUGCAGCAAAGGUAUAACAUUAGCAAAUUUGAAUUAUUCACUGAUUUUGAAAAGUUUCAGGGUGAAUUGAUAUCAAUUGUUCUUCGUUCUAUUUGUGUUUUUUCAACAAUUCUUCUCAUAAUUUGCCUUAUUAAUUAUCAUGCAAUCGAAGUGAAAAUAGCACUAAUAGAUAGUGGAGCGGAUGAUUGGAGAGUUGCAUUAUCAACGGAUCGAAUGAUCAAAUUACUUAUUGAAAUAUUUAUUUGUAUGAUUUGCCCUUUCCCAGGUAUCCCUCCCAACUGUUUUAUUUGAAAAAAAAUCUAAUUUCAAAAUUUCUCAGGUUCCGGUGUGAUGCAAAUGCCAUACAUUGAUUCAGAUUCGAGAAAAAUUUCAAUCAGAAAAAUCCCAGUCGAUGUUAUUUUAUCGGUUCCAAUGUUUUUGCGAUCAUAUCUUGUCUGUCGUUUCAUGGUUCUUCACAGCAAACAAUUCCAAGAUGCAGCAACUCGAUCAAUCGCUGCUCUCAACCGAAUUUCAAUGGAUUUCCGUUUUGUCAUCAAAACAAUGAUGGCUGAUCAUCCACUUCGAGUUUUGAUUGUUUUCACACUUUCUUAUUGGAUCUGUAUGUCUUGGAUGUUUACACAAUGCGAAAGAUAUGAUGGUGGAUUGACUGUUGAACAUUAUUAUCUCAAUUCAAUGUGGUUUAUUAUGGUUACUUUUAUGUCAAUCGGAUAUGGUGAUAUUGUUCCGAAUACCUAUUGUGGAAGAUGUUUGUCGAUUACAACUGGAAUUGUUGGAGCUGGUGUUUCUUCGGCAUUAAUUGCGAUUAUCUCAAGAAAAUUGGAAUUGUCAAGAGCGGAAAAACAUGUGAACAAUUUUAUGGCUGAUUCAAAAUUGACUAAUCAACGGAAAAAUGCAGCUGCGAGUGUUCUUCAAGAAACAUGGUAGUUGAAUUAUUUACUUUCUAUUCAAUUCAUUUCCUUAUUUUUUUCAGGUUUAUUCAUAAAUAUAAAAAGGCGCUUCAUAAAGGAGAUGAUUUGCGUUUGCGUCAUCAUCAAAGAAGAUUUCUCAACUCAAUUAAUGAAUUCAGAAGAAUCAAGUGGGAUCAACGUAAACUUCAAGAAAAGGGAAAUUCAUUACUCGAUGUUGGCAAACUUCAUUCGGAUAUGCAUGAAACACUUUGGGAAAUGCAUCGAACACAAGAUCAUUUCAUCUCACAAAUCGAUAUUUUGACUCAAAAAAUCAUCGAGCUCCAAACAACUUUGAAUUCUCGCCCACCAUGUUGUCCACCAACAAAUUCAUCAGAUGCAUAUUAUUCAACAACUUCAACAGCUGGAGCUCUUCAAAGUCUUCAAAGUCCGAUGUUGCAUUGUUCCCAGUCACAUCGUGAACCACUCCAAGUAACAUCUCAAAACGAAUCGAUUCCUCGAAUUUCUGUUGCAACCACACAUAGUGGAACAUCUUCAGGAGCAUCUUCAGCAAAUGGAAUUCUUCCACAAUGUACUGUAGAUCAAAUAUCAAAUUGUCCAACUGGUGGAAUUUAUGCAACAGUUACAACACCACUUAUCACAAAUUAUGAAGAAGUCUAA